CCGCGACCUGGUACUAACAAGAGCUUAGAAAGAGAGAGAGGGUUUUGGGAUUUCUCUCUCAAUCUCAUAGAUGAAUCAGAUCUAAAACCCUCUCCAAGUUCCCGAUCGGAGAAAAUCAAAAUCCGAAACGAUGGCAUUUACAGAUGUUCUUCUUUGCAUCUUCACUGCAUUCUUUGCAAUUUCAGCUUCUGCUGCUGCAGAUACGAUCCAAGGCUGCGGUGGAUUCGUCGAGGCGAGUUCGUCUUUGAUCAAAUCGAGGAAGCCGUCCGAUACGAAAUUGGACUAUUCGCACAUAACGGUUGAACUUCGCACAGUUGAUGGAUUGGUGAAGGACAGGACUCAAUGUGCUCCCAAUGGUUACUAUUUCAUCCCAGUAUAUGACAAGGGUUCUUUUGUCAUCAAAAUUAAGGGACCUGAAGGAUGGUCAUGGGACCCAGAUAAUGUUCCUGUUGUUGUUGAUCACAGUGGCUGCAAUGCAAAUGCAGAUAUCAAUUUCCGAUUCACAGGAUUUACCGUAUCUGGAAGAGUUGUGGGAGCUGUUGGUGGAGAGAGCUGUUCCUUGAAAGAUGGAGGGCCUUCCAAUGUAAAAAUUGAGCUCUUGUCACUUGCGGAUGAUCUUAUUUCUUCUGUUUUCACGUCAUCAGUUGGAGGUUACUCAUUCACGAACAUCAUUCCAGGGAAAUACAAAUUACGUGCUACGCAUCCUAACUUAAAAGUUGAAGUUAGAGGUUCCUCAGAGGUGGAAUUGGGGUUUGGAAAUGGCUUAGUAGAUGAUAUCUUCUUUGUCACCGGGUAUAAUAUUCAUGGCUUCGUUGUUGCUCAGGGAAAUCCAAUCUUGGGUGUUCACAUAUAUUUAUAUUCAGAUGAUGUGUUGGAGGUAGAUUGUCCCCAGGGUACUGGUGAUAGUCCUAGGCAGAAAGAUGCUCUGUGCCAUGUUGUAUCAGAUGCAGAUGGAAAGUUCAAGUUUAAUUCAAUACCAUGUGGCAUGUAUGAGCUUCUACCGUACUACAAGGGUGAGAAUACGGUUUUUGAUGUUUCACCUCCUUCAAUGAACUUGUCCGUUGAGCAUCGUCAUGUUACAAUUGCCCAGAAAUUUCAGGUCACUGGAUUUUCUGUUGGGGGACGUGUUGUUGAUGGCAAUGGUGUUGGAGUUGCUGGUGUUAAUAUAAUAGUAGACGGUCAUGGAAGGUCUAUCACAGAUAGUCAAGGAUACUACAAGUUUGACCAGGUCACAUCCAAGCAUUACACAAUUCUAGCAGAGAAGGACCAUUACAAGUUCAACAGUUUAGAGAAUUUCUUGGUUCUGCCAAACAUGGCUUCCAUUCCAGAUAUUAAAGCAGCCUACUAUGAUAUUUGUGGUGUUGUUAGGUCAAUUAGUGCAGAUUACAAGGCAAAGGUGGCAUUGACACAUGGACCUGAGAAUGUUAAGCCUCAAGUGAAACAAACAGAUGAGAGUGGAAGGUUCUGCUUCGAGGUUCCUCCUGGUGAGUACCGAUUAUCUGCUUUGGCAGCAAAAAUGGAGGGUGCUUCCGAGCUUCUGUAUUUGCCUCCUUAUCUUGACAUUACAGUUAACAGUCCACUGCUUAGUGUAGAAUUUUCUCAGGCACAGGUGGACAUUCAUGGAACUGUUUUCUGCAAGGAGGUGUGUGGUCCAUCUAUUUCUAUUUCACUUGUAAGACCAGGCAGUAGGAGCAAAGAGGAAAGGAAGACCGUUGCCUUGACUCAUGCAAGUAGCAACUUCAUGUUUCCAAAAGUUUUUCCUGGCAAAUAUCGGCUUGAGGUCAAGCAUGAAUCUUCAUCAGCCAUAUCUGAAGAGGAUAAUUGGUGUUGGGAGCAGAGUGCUAUCGAUGUGAAUGUGGGCACUGAAGACAAAAAAGGGAUUGCUUUUUUUCAAAAAGGUUACUGGAUAAAUAUAAUUUCCACCCAUGAUGUCGAUACGUACAUAGAGCAACCUGAUGCUGCAAUCGUGAAUUUGCCAAUUAAGAAAGGGUCACAGCGGAUAUGUGUAGAAUCUCCUGGAUUGCAUGAGCUUCAUUUCAGGGACUCGUGCAUUUUCUUUGGGAGCUCAUCAGUGAAGUUUGAUACAUUGAACCCAUUGCCUAUAUAUUUGACGGGAAAGAAAUACCUCCUUAGAGGAGAAGUCAACAUUGAAUCAAGCAUGCAUGAUGAUGCCAUCGAGUCACCUAAGAAUAUCAUCGUGGACAUAUUGAAUAGGGACAAUGCAAUUAUAGAUAUGACCGAUGCUAGACUUAAAUCCAAUGGAAACAGUCAAACAGGGGAGUACUCCAUUUGGGCUAAUCUUGGAGAUGAACUCAUCUUUGUUCCUCGGGAUUCAAGGAAUAAUGAAGAAAAGAAGUUCAUGUUUUAUCCUAGACAACGUCAUGUAUCAGUUACAACUGAUGGUUGCCAAGCUACUAUUAUGCCAUUUGUUGGUCGAUUGGGGCUGUACAUUGAAGGAUCAGUUUCUCCAGCUCUUUCCGGUGUUGACAUCCGAAUUGUAGCAGCUGGAGAGAGCAGCAAUGCUUUGCUACAGAAAGGUGAAUUAGCUCUGGAAACUAAAACAGGACCAGAUGGUUUUUUCAUCGGAGGGCCCCUAUAUGAUGAUACAAGUUACAGUGUUGAGGCUUCAAAGCCUGGGUAUUAUCUUAAAUCAGUUGGACUUAAUUCAUUUUCCUGCCAGAAACUUAGUCAAAUUUCUGUGCAUAUCUAUGGUGGAGAAGAAUCUAAAGAGCUAUUUCCUUCUGUUCUAUUAUCAUUGAGUGGUGAAGAUGGCUACAGGAACAACUCAGUUACUAGUGCUGGUGGAAGUUUUGUAUUUGAUAACUUAUUUCCUGGAAGUUUCUAUCUGCGUCCGCUCCUCAAGGAGUACUCCUUUUCACCUGCAGCGCAGGCUAUAGAACUUGGAUCUGGAGAGUCUAAAGAUGUCAUUUUCCAUGCUACCCGUGUUGCUUACAGUGCCAUGGGUACAGUGUCAUUACUCUCUGGCCAGCCCAAGGAAGGUGUGGUCGUCGAAGCCCGGUCGGAAUCAAAAGGAUACUAUGAGGAAACAACAACAGAUUCUUCAGGUAAUUACCGUUUGAGAGGACUUCUACCUGACACAACCUAUGUAGUAAAGGUGGUGGCAAAGGAAGACCUUGGAAGCAUAAAAAUUGAACGUGCAUCUCCACAAUCAGUUGCUGUUGAGGUUGGAUCUGAGGAUAUCAGAGGCUUGGACUUUGUGGUAUUUGAACAGCCAGAGAUGACUAUCUUGAGCGGUCAUGUGGAAGGAAUCGGUCUUGAUGAACUGCAGCCACAUCUCUCGGUUGAAAUCAAGUCGGCCAGUGACCCAUCUAAGAUUGAGUCAGCCUUUCCAUUGCCGCUUUCCUACUUCUUUGAAAUACACGACUUGCCCAAGGGUAAGCACCUCGUGCAGCUUAAAUCAACACUCCCAUCAAGCGUCCAUAACUUCAAAUCUGAAAUUAUGGAAGUCGACUUGGAAAAGCAACCCCAAAUCCAUAUGGGUCCACUCAGAUACAAGGUUGAAGAGCAUCAUCACAAAAUGGAGCUAACACCGGCUCCAGUGUUUCCUCUUAUUGUAGGAGUGUCUGUCAUUGCUCUAUUUAUCAGCAUGCCAAGGUUAAAGGAUUUAUACCAAUUGACCGUGGGGAUGACCCCUUUAGCAUCUACCCCGGCCUCUCUUAAAAAAGAAGUGCGGAGGCCAGUCGUGAGAAAGAGGACAUAUUGAAGACUCCCUGGAGUCAAAUCUCAUGGAGCCUUUGAGUUUUGAUUAUUACUCUGCUAAUUCUAUUUCUCUAAUUUUGGCCAAUCAUGAGGUUCCUUGGGUUAGCAUGAUUGAGAGGACUUGUAUAUUCUGAUUUCUCAUUGAUUUCGCAUUUCACAUGCAGAAAACUAGGAAACUAAGGUCGGUCUGUAGUACGGAAAUCGAGUGUUAGCAAAUGAUUUUUUCCCCCCUUCUCCUCA